GUCCCCUUCCUGGGCUAUCACCACGUGUUGAUGAUCUUGAUCGUCGUCGCAAUCAUCCUCCUGUCACUGCUGCUCGCCGGUUGCUCGUCCUCGUCGCCGCUGAUUCCCGGCAUCUUCCUGCUCUCCAUCUACUACAAGUCCUAUGAGGCGCAUCCCGACACCGCGCAAGUGGACUACAACUUCUACACCGCCCUGAACAACAUUGCUGGAAACGCCCAUCUGCAGGCGCGCGUCGGCUACUUUGGCAUCUGCGUCAAUCCGGAUGGCGGGUCGUGGCUUUGUAGUAACAAUGCGACAGCCCUGGCUAAGGAAGUCUCAGUGGACCAAGACCCCCUCAACCUCAUCUGGCUGGCUGCUCAGUUCAAGGACAUGAUUGUGUUCCCUUACUUGAUCAUCAUCGCCAUCAUCUUUGCCUUCAUCUGCCUGCUCCUCCUGGCGACUUUCCCUGGAUGGCACGAAGAGGAGGACUCUGAAGGAUCCGAGCGCGAAGUUAAGCCGUUCCCCUCCCGCCCCGUCUCGCAAAUCGCCCUGGCCAUCAUCUUCAUCUCCUCCAUCUUCGUCCUCGUCUCGGUCCUCUGGCAGCAUACAGCAUCCGUCGCAGCGUCCGUCAUCGCCCAAGACUUUGGCAACGGGGUAGUCAAGAGUGGCGUCGGUAGUAGCGCCAUGGUCAUGGGCUGGUUCUCGUUUACGCUGCUCAUCAUCGUCACCAUCGGCUUGCUCGUCAUGAUAUUGAGCAUACGCGUCCUGAGUUCCAUGGUGUGA